AUGAGUGAUAGGGAAUCACAGUCAGACUUUUUUUCCGAUGAUGACUCAGAUGGAGCAAACAAGGUGUUUGCUUUGAAGUCAAAGUCCAAAGAUUUAUACAGUAAAUAUGACACAAGAGAUGAAGAAUCUGAUCUUGAACAGGAGGAGGAGGAGGAGGAAGAAGGAGAAGAGAACCACGAUGAUGUAGAUAUCAACCAAAACUACGAUAAUAAUUAUGAGCACGAUGACGAUGAUGAUGAGCACCUAGAUACACACCAAAGAGACGAUUUGUCUGAUCAAGAAGAUGACGAUUCCACAACCACCACCAAAAUCUCCACCAUCAACAAAAAACUAAAGAAACUUACCCCCAAAGAGCUAGAGAAAGAACAAAAACGAAUCAAAAAAACUGGUGUUUGUUAUUUAUCCAAAAUUCCUCCCUACAUGAAACCUUCUAAAUUACGUUCAAUUUUAUCACGAUUUGGAUCAAUUGAUCGAUUAUUUCUCAAACCAGAAGAUGCAUCAAUUUAUCAUAAACGAGUCAAAUAUGGAGGCAACAAAAAGAAACGGUUCACUGAAGGUUGGAUUGAAUUUGUUAAUAAAAAGGAUGCCAAACUAUGUGCUCAAACUUUAAAUGGUAAUAAAUUGGGGGGUAAAAAAACCUCUUAUUAUUAUGACGAUAUAAUAAAUAUCAAGUAUUUGAAGGGGUUCAAAUGGUUAGAUUUGACACAACAAAUUGCUAAAGAAAAUGAAAUUAGACAAGCUAAAUUGGCAUUGGACUUGUCACAGCAAAAUAAAUUCAACAAGGCAUUUGUUCAUAAUGUCGAACAACUGAAGAUGAUUGAAGGGAUUAAACGAAAAAGAAGCGCAAAUGGAGAAGCCAAGGAAGGAGAGAAACAAACAGCAGCUACAGCUACUACAACAGCAGCAACAAAUAAGAAGAACAAGAAGGAUAGUAAUGAUGAUGAUGAAGAUGACGAUGAUAAAUUGAGAAGACAUUUCAAACAAAGAAAAGUCACAAGUACUAGAAGUGACGCCUCAAGUGAAUUGAAACAGAAAUCGACCCCUAAUGAUCGCUUAUCCCACGUUUUAUCCAAAGUUCUUUAG